AGGCGCGGCCUGGCCGCUCGCUCGGGGCCGGCCGUGCCGGUGACCCCCCGGCUGCUGCUGGGCAGCCGCUGUGUAACCAGGGAAUCGGAAUAAACCCGGGAGAGCCUUUUGGUUUAAGGGCUUGUGUAAGCGUAGCCUUAAAGGACGAAAUAGAGGUGCGCGUUCCGACACCGUGUGUGGUCGGAAGGUUUUGAUUGUCUUCUGUGUGUUACAGGUGAAAUGGUUUUCAUAUGCUGAACUCCAGCUUAGAUUGCCUCAUUGCUGCGCGUUUGUAAAAAGCAGGAAGUCAAGAUGAAAAGCAGAGUGACACAAGUAAAUCAUGGUUCCAGUCAUGAAAGGAAGGAAAACUACAGUUCCCGACAUGAAAGUCUGUCUCCAGAGGACAGGGACAUGGAGCGUGAUAGGUCCUGGUCUCCAUCUCCCAGGAAGAGGAGAUACUCUGAUGACAGCAGAUAUGAUGAGGAAUAUUCAAGACGGGACUAUUAUGAUGACAGAAGUUCAGAUGGAAGAAGGAUGGAAAGGGGGAGAGAUAGACACUAUGACAGGUGGGAGGACAGAGAGUAUGAUCGAAGGAAGCAGAGAAGAUACUCAUCACCUGACCGUAGGAGUCCAGAGAGGUCGACAGGCCAGAGCUCACUUGCUCAGGAUGAAACUGCCUCAAAGAAGAAGAAAGAAGAAGUGGAUCCAAUCCUCACUCGCACAGGUGGUGCAUAUAUUCCACCGGCCAAGCUUAGGAUGAUGCAAGAGCAAAUCACUGAUAAAAAUAGCUUGGCAUACCAGAGGAUGAGUUGGGAAGCCUUGAAGAAAUCAAUCAAUGGUCUUGUCAAUAAAGUCAACGUUUCUAAUAUAGAAAACAUCAUUCAUGAGCUCCUUCAGGAGAACAUUGUUCGGGGAAGGGGAUUGCUGUCUAGAUCCAUUUUGCAAGCUCAGAGCGCCUCUCCGAUUUUUACUCAUGUUUAUGCAGCUCUUGUGGCAAUUAUCAAUUCAAAGUUUCCAAAUAUUGGUGAAUUGAUCCUCAAGAGGCUGAUACUGAAUUUUCGCAAAGGGUAUCGCAGAAAUGACAAGCAACUCUGUCUAACGUCUUCAAAAUUUGUUGCACAUUUGAUGAAUCAAAAUGUGGCUCAUGAGGUUUUAUGUUUGGAAAUGCUCACUUUGCUUCUUGAAAGGCCUACUGAUGACAGUAUUGAAGUAGCAAUUGGAUUUAUUAAAGAGAGUGGGCUCAAAUUAACAGAAGUUUCUCCUAGAGGUAUUAAUGCAAUCUUUGAUCGCCUUCGGCACAUCCUGCACGAAUCUAAAAUUGAUAUGCGUGUUCAGUACAUGAUAGAAGUCAUGUUUGCUGUGCGGAAGGAUGGCUUCAAGGAUCAUCCCAUCAUCCCAGAGGGAUUGGAUCUAGUGGAAGAGGAGGAUCAGUUUACUCAUAUGUUGCCAUUGGAAGAUGACUACAACCCAGAGGAUGUUCUUAAUGUUUUCAAGAUGGAUCCGAACUUUAUGGAGAAUGAGGAGAAAUACAAAAUGCUGAAGAAAGAAAUUCUUGAUGAAGGUGACACUGAGUCUGAAGGCAAUGAAGAAGCUGGAAGUAGUGAAGAAGAUGAAGAAGAUGAUGAAGAGGAGGACGAAGAUGGUCAGAAAGUUACUGUCCAUGACAAAACAGAAAUUAACCUGGUCUCGUUCCGUCGUACAAUUUAUCUGGCUAUUCAGUCAAGCUUAGACUUUGAAGAAUGUGCUCACAAACUGCUGAAGAUGGACUUCCCUGAAAGUCAGACUAAAGAACUCUGCAAUAUGAUACUUGACUGCUGUGCUCAGCAAAGAACAUACGAGAAAUUCUUUGGGUUACUGGCAGGGCGUUUCUGCAUGUUAAAGAAAGACUAUAUGGAAUCCUUUGAAGCCAUUUUCAAGGAACAGUACGAUACCAUUCAUCGUUUGGAAACAAACAAACUGAGGAAUGUGGCCAAGAUGUUCGCUCAUCUCCUGUACACCGAUUCAAUUCCCUGGAGUGUCCUUGAAUGUAUAAUACUGAGUGAAGAAACUACCACAUCCUCCAGUAGAAUUUUUGUCAAAAUAUUCUUUCAGGAACUAAGUGAAUAUAUGGGACUUCCUAAUUUAAAUGCAAGAUUAAAAGAUGAGACACUGCAACCUUUCUUUGAGGGAUUAUUGCCUCGGGAUAACCCAAGAAACACUCGCUUUGCCAUCAAUUUCUUCACUUCCAUUGGCCUUGGAGGACUAACGGAUGAAUUGCGGGAACAUCUUAAAAAUGCUCCAAAGUUGAUUAUGACACAGAAGCAAAAUGUUGAGUCAUCAGAUUCCUCUUCAUCUUCAGACACAGACUCUUCCUCAGAUUCUGAUUCUGACAGCAGCAGUAGUAGUUCAGAGUCAUCCAGCAGCAGUGACUCCUCAUCUAGCAGUGACAGCAGCAGUGACUCAGAUGUUUCUAAAGCCAAAAGAAGGAGGAUGCAGAAGAAAAAUAGAGAAUCUGAUAAAGUUUCCAAGAAAAAACAAGAAAAGAGAAGGAAAUCGGUUGAAAAGAAAAUUGGAAGGAGGCAGCAAGAGGAAAGAAGUGAUAGUGAGAGGAAAUCAGAAAGAAAUCACCGACAUGUAAGAGAAUCACACAGGAGAGAUGAUGUUUCAAAAUACCACCACAGAGAUGAAUCCAACGGCAGAGAUGGUUACCACAGCGGAAAGGAUAGGAACCAUGAAAGAAGUAAGGAUGCAGAAAAUAAACACAGUAAUUCAAAACUGAAAAAAGCAGAAAGAAGAGCUUCUGUAUCUGAUGAUGAAAAGUACAGACAUUGGAGCAAAGAUGAUGGACGUCGUAGUAGGAAAAGAGAGAGAUCAAAAUCCUGGGAGAGGGAGCGUGGCCGUGCCAGCCCGAGGGAGGAGGAGCAGGAAGAGCGCUCCAGGAACGGUUCUGAGAAGCAGCGGGACAAGGACAAGCAGAGCCGCCACCCUGACGACCGGCGUCGGGAGAGCCCCCCGUACCGCAGGGAGAACAGGGAGAGCUCCCCAAAACGGAGAGACAACAGGGAGAGCUCCCCGCACCGCAGGGAGAACAGGGAGAGCUCCCCGCACCGCAGGGAGAACAGGGAGAGCUCCCCAAAACGCAGAGACAACAGGGAGAGCUCCCCAAAACGGAGAGAGAACAGGGAGAGCUCCCCAAAACGCAGAGACAACAGGGAAAGCUCCCCGCACCGCAGGGAGAACAGGGAGAGCUCCCCAAAACGCAGCGACAACAGGGAAAGCUCCCCAAAACGGAGAGAGAACAGGGAGAGCCCCCCGCACCGCAGAGAGAACAGGGAGAGCUCCCCCCACAGCAGGGAGAGCUCCCCGCACCGCAGGGAGAACAGAGAGAGCUCCCCAAAACGCAGAGAGAACAGGGAGAGCUCCCCACGCCGCAGGGGGACCAGGGAGAGUUCCCCAAAACGCAGAGAGAACAGGGAGAGCUCCCCCCACCGCAGGGAGAGCUCCCCGUACCGCAGGGGGAACAGAGAGAGCUCCCCACACCGCACGGAGAACUCUCAGCAACGAAGGGAGAACAGGGAGAGCUCCCCGCACCGCAGAGAGAACAGGGAGAACUCCCAGCACCACAGGGAGAACUCCCCACACUGCAGAGAGAACUCCCCACACCGCAGGGAGAACAGGGAGAGCUCCCCGCACCGCAGGACCAACUCCCCACACCGCAGAGAGAACAGGGAGAGUUCCCCAAAACGCAGGGAGAGCUCCCCGCACUGCAGGGAGAACAGGGAGACCUCCCAGCACCGCAGGGAGAGCUCCCCACGCCGCAGAGAGAACAGGGAUAGCCCCCCACACCGCAGGGAGAGCCCCCCGCACCGCAGGGAGAACAGGGAGAGUUCCCCCCACCGCAGAGAGAACAGGGAGAGUUCCCCAAAACGCAGAGAGAACAGGGAGAGCCCCCCGCACCGCAGGGAGAACAGGGAGAGCUCCCCAAAACGCAGAGACAACAGGGAAAGCUCCCCAAAACACAGAGAGAACAGAGAGAGCUCCCCGCGCCGCAGGGAGAACAGGGAGAGUUCCCCAAAACACAGAGAGAACAGGGAGAGCUCCCCGCGCCGCAGGGAGAACAGGGAAAGCUCCCCAUACCGCAGGGAGAGCUCCCCAAAACGCAGGAACAACUCCCCACACCGGCGGAAAUAAAGCCCAGCCCCGAGCUGCAGUGAAGCUACACUUCCGAGCUGUUAGAACUGUAUUUUAAAACCUAUUACUGAAGUUUCUUUAAAAAAAAAAAGGAUUUUGUACAAAGUGAUAGUUCUCAUUUGUAAAUUUUACCAGACUUUUUCAAAUUUUCAGUACCACUUUUUUUAUAACUGUAUCGUCGAGUCUUUCUGUUAUGUUCUUUGUUUGGAAAGACAAAGCUCUUUAUUUUGUGAAUAAAACAGUAACAUACCAGCAAA